AUGGCGGCGGAUCCGGUGCAGCUGGAGGAUCGUAAUGAUGGUUAUGAGAAGUUUCUUGAGAGGAAAGAACAACUUGCUUCCCAAAAGAAUUCUGGUGAUGCCAGGGAAGUGGAAGAUGAUGAUGAUGAUGAAGAUGAUGAUGAUGAUGAUGAUGGAUGGUAUUGGGAAGAUAGCAGUGCAAAUGUUCUUAAGCACCUAUGUGGAAGAGGAUCUAACCCUCAGGGCAACAGGCAAGAUAUGCAAAACAGAUCAUCGAAAGCAUAUACAGUGACAGAUAAGGUCUUACAGAAGUAUGAAAAUAAAAUUAAUCUAGGUAAACUUAAUCUGUCGGAUUCGGUUAUGAAUAAAGUCACAGAAAAAUCCAGACAAAAGGAGGCGGACACGUACCGAGUUAAAGACAAAUCUGAUAGAGCUACAGUUGAACAGGUGCUAGACCCAAGGACACGGAUGAUUCUCUUUAAGAUGCUCACAAGAGGGGUAAUAUCUGAAAUCAAUGGCUGCAUCAGCACGGGUAAAGAAGCUAAUGUCUACCAUGCCAGUACUGCAGAUGGACAAAGCAAAGCAAUAAAAAUUUACAAAACCUCUAUCUUGAUGUUUAAAGACCGUGAUAAAUAUGUGAGUGGGGAAUUCAGGUUAAACACUGCUGGAAUUCCUUGUCCGGAGCCAAUUUUGCUAAAGAGUCACGUCCUCUUGAUGGAGUUUAUUGGAAAAAAUGAGAUGCCGGCUCCCUUGCUGAAAAAUGCCCAGUUAUCGGAUUCCAAAGCACGAGAGAUUUACUUAGACGUCAUUCAGUAUAUGAGAAGGAUGUACCAGGAUGCCAGGCUUGUGCAUGCAGAUCUCAGUGAAUUUAACAUGCUCUAUAAUAAUGGCCAGGUUUAUAUAAUUGAUGUAUCCCAGUCUGUGGAACAUGAUCACCCACAUGCUUUGGAAUUUCUUCGCAAGGACUGUGCCAAUAUAAAUGAUUUCUUUGUGAAGCACGGUGUUGCAGUAAUGACGGUACGAGAGCUGUUUGAGUUUAUCACAGAUUCAUCCAUUACUCAGGAUAACAUGGAUGCUUAUUUAGAAAAGGCUAUGGAGAUAGCAACUGAAAGAACAGAAGAAGAAAGAUCAAGUCAAGAUAAGGUGGAUGAAGAGGUGUUUAAGAAGGCAUAUAUUCCCCGAACUCUGAAUGAGGUGAAAAACUACGAAAGGGAUGUUGGCAUAAUGCAGAAGUUAAAAGAAGAGGACCUAUCAUUGAACACCCAACAUGAUAAUAUUCUCUAUCAGACUGUCACUGGCCUAAAGAAGGACUUGUCGGGUGCUGAAACGAUACCGGCUCUGCUGCAGAACACUGAUCAAGGGCAGCAGGAGGACUCUGAUGGUCAAAGUGAGGAUGAGUCCACUUCAGACUCUGAAGAAGGAGUUCACCGGAAAGAUCAGACUCCUGACGAAGAAAUGGAUAAAAAAGAAAGGAAGAAACUGACCAAAGAAGCACAGAGAGAAAAGAGGAAAAACAAGGUCCCAAAACACGUGAAGAAAAGAAAAGAGAAGACGGCAAAGAUGAAGAAAGGCAGAUAAUGUACAGCAAAGACUUGCUGUGUCAUUUUUCCAUCUUACAGAUGAGCUAGCAACGUUACAAUGUGUGCAUGGACACGCAAUGUCUAAAAUUUCUAAAGACAUUAAUUAGACUCUUGUACUCGCAGUUAUGAUCAUUUCAAUGACCACCUUGAUAUCUAUGGGACACAGUAUUGGACUUCUUCAGGUCACCUCCUUUGGGG